AUGUCCGUUACCGUCUACGUUAUCGUCUUAUGGCUUCGGCGGAAGGACUCAGAAGAGAUCGCCAAGGAGCUGAUUGUUCGAGCCAAGGCCAGUCUACGUGGCGCGACACCUGCUGACGUGGCAGCUGGUGUGGCACAGCUCUCCGCGGCGGUGGACCGCGCGCCGUGGCUGGCGGGGUCGCUGCAGGAGAUCCGCGCGCGCGCGCUGAUGCGCCUGCAGCGGUACGAGGAGGUGGUGGCGGUGCUGGCGGAAUAUCUGCCGGAUCUCUCCACUGUACACAACGCCAUGCACUACAGUGAGUUCGUAGGCGGGUACAGGCGAUGGUGUAGGGAAGAAAGUGCGCUGAUGCGCCUGCAGCGGUACGAGGAGUUGGUGGCGGUGCUGGCGGAUUAUCAACCAGAUUUCUCCAGUGUUCACAACGCCAUGCACUACACGGAGGACGAGAACAAGUCAGCCACGGACAUGUGGCAGUGCCUGCUGUUAGGGCAGGCCACGUACCACCUGGGCUGGCUGGAUGAGGCACUCGUGCUGCUCCGACGCGCCAAGAGACUCAGCCAGGCUGUAGCACGCAAGGAGAGCGCCCUGAUGGACGAGGAUCAGUUCCCGGUCUUCGACGCCUCCCACCCUGCAGCUACGGCGCCUCUCUCUGCAUCCUCCUCAGCGGGGGAGACCCUCAACCGCCUCAUCCUCGUCAUCCGCUUCCUGCUCUGGCGCCGCUCCGCUGGCGAUGCUGCCUUUGCUGCCGGGCUUUACCUGGAGGCCGUUAGGCACUAUUCGAAAGUUCUCGAGUCCAAGAAGGGCAUUCCCCAAUCCCUGGCCGCCUCUCUCUUCCUCCGCCGAGCCGCAGCCUUCCAAGCCUCCAGCCGUAUCGCCGAUGCUAUCGCCGACUGCUCCCGAGCCUCAGCCCUGGAGCCUCACCGAGCCGACGCGCUCUGGUGCCGAGCCUGCCUCUACCAGUCCGUCGGCUGCUUCCAGGAAGCUUCUCAAGACCUGGAGCGUCUCCUUUCUUUCUACCAGGAGCUGUUGGCGUCAGCAGGAGGAGGGAGGGACCUCUGGUUACGGUCUGCUAGGCUGGGAGCAGGUGACACUGGGCUGGUAGCUGCGUUGGAGCUAGGGCUUGGAGGGGAGAAGCGGAAGUUUGUGGGCAGGCAGAGGGGCCUGAGGCGGUGGUUUGCCAAUGCGGUUGUGCACGUUGGGAGGUGGUUCGUGGCAUUAGGGAGGGUGUUGGGAGUGGUGGCGCAGGAGGAAGAGGAUGAGGCGGGGUGGUGGCGUGAGCAGACGAAUAUGGAAGUUGCUGAGAAGCAUCUCACAUGGGAGCACGUGCGGCGGCAGCAGGAGCAGCGCGAGCAGCAGCGGGAGCAGAGGGAGCAGCAGAGAGAGGCGUUGCGGGAAGGGCUAGCUGCGUCUCUUGCUCUAGCUGCCUACCGCAUUGCUCUCAUCCGUAACUCCGAAGCCCGUGCCCUCACGUUUGUUGAGAAGUGCGCUAUCAGAGACGGGCGGAGCCCUGAGGAGGUGAAAGAUGAAGUGAUGCAUGAAUGGGCGAGGUUAGAUGGGGUAUUGCAGGAGGCUUACGCUCAGCUGAUACAGGCGACGGGAGGGAACAAGGACUCUGCUGCUGCUGCUGCUGCCGCGCUGCAGGUUCAUGAUUUGGAUGAUUUGGAUGAUUUGGAUGGGGAGGAUGGGGAAGGGGAGGGGGACGGGGAUGAGGAUGGGGGAGCGGAGUGGGGGGAAGGGGAGGGGGAAGGGGAGGGGGGGGAUGUGGAGGGGCGGAUGCGGAGACGGGGGGAGAGGCGGAAGCUGUUUGGAAGGAGGCUGCCUGGGACACCGAGUUUUAAUUUGAGGCGGGGUGGGGAUGAGAUGGACGUGGGGCGGAUGCUGAGGGGGAAGUCGAGGGUGUGGGAGAGAGGUUCGGGGAAGAGAGCAGGGAGGGAGGAUAUGGAGGGGAAAGGGGAAGGUGGGGACUGGUGGAGGAAAGGGAGGAGGGAUAAGAAGAUGAGGGAUGAGAGGGGAUGGAGGGAGAGGGAGGAAAGGAGGGAGAGGGAGGGGGACUCCAUGGGUAUGAGUCCGAAGCUGCACUCGUUUCGGAUGGAGAGGUGGGUGGAGGAAGGGGCAUCUAUGGAUGGAAUGCGGUUGGAUUCGUUUGAUUUCGGUGUAGUUGGGGAUGUGUUUGGAGGGCUGGGCAGUAGGAUGAAGAUUUGGAAGAAAAAGGAGGGGGUGCGGGCGGGAGGGAGGGAGAAGGAGGGGAGAGAGGAGGAGAAGGAGGAGAAGGGGGAAAAGGGGAGAGAGAAGGAGAGAGAGAAGGAGAAGGAGAGGAGGAGGAGGAAGAAGUUGGGGGUGGGAGAUUUGCUUGGGGAGGAGGAAGAUGAUGAGGUGGAGCAACGGUCCAGAUUUGGUUUUGGAGUGCUGGCGUGGGAGCGAGAGAAGGAUAAGGAGAGGGAGAGGGAGAAGGAGAGAGAGCGGAUGGAGAGGGAGCGGGAGAAAGCAGAGAGGGAGAGGGAGAAGGAGAAGGAGAGGGCAGAGAGGGAGCGAGAAAAAGAGCGGGAGAGGGCCGAGAGAGAGAAGGAGAAGGCGGAGAAGGAGAGGGAGAAGCAGGAACGGAAGGGGAGGGAGCGAGAGGAGCGGGAGGAGAGGCGAGAACGCGAGCGGGCUGUGAAAAAGGAGAAGGAGAGGGAGCGGCGGGAGAGGAGGGAGAGGAGGAAGAAGUUGCAGGGAUCGGCGGAAGACUUAGCUGGGGAGUUCAAGGAGGAAGCGGAAGGGAAGGAGAGCGUGAGGGAGAAGGAAGGAGAUCGGCCGGAUACAGCAGGGGCUGUCGUGCAGAGAGCAGGGGAAGGGGGGGGUGGGAGAGAGAGUAGGGUUGCGGGCAGGGUGGCGAGUAUGGGGAGGGAGAGUGACAGUGAGGGUGAGUAUGAGCGGGAGCAGUGGCACCCUGGCGGAGGUGAUUAUAACGAAGGGGCUGAUUCGUUUGUGGAUAGUCUCGGGGGUGUGGAGGAGGAAGGGGAGGGAGGGCAGGCAGAGCGUCUGCUGGGAAGUGAGGUGGUGGAGCAAGGAUUUGCACUGAGGGCAGACCAGGGUAGGGCUGAGAGGGUGGGAGAAGCAGGAGGGGAUCAGGAGAAGCAGGGGAUGGAGAAUUCGGCAGCGGCGGCAGGAGGGGCAGGAGGGGGUGCUCCUCUUGCUGCCACGUCAGCAGCAGGCACGGUAGCUGCAGCAGCAGCAGCAGCAGCAGCAGGUGCGCAUAUGCAAUCAGGUGAGCUAGCUGGGCUAGGAGCAGCAGUAACCCCCUUCUCAGCCGAGUCCAUGGCAGGCUUAACCGGGGAGGGCUCAACUAUUGGUGCAGUGGCCAAUCCCGAAAUCUUUUUAAAACCAGGAUUGCUGGCAUUGGCAACAGGGGCAGGGAGGGGAGGGUUCGGGGUCGGGCUUUUGCACGAGCAAGGGGGGAGGGUUAAAGAGCGGGAACGGGAUAGCAGCCCUCCAAAGCCGAGCCCCCACAGGGGAAACAUAUUCUCCGUGCCAGGGAUUAGACUGAGAAAGGACCCGAAUCGAGAGAGGGACAAGGAGAGGGAGGGUGGGGGUAAGGGGGAGGGUGGCCGGGAGGGAGUGCCACCCCACACCGACCAUUUCGGUGCCGUUACCGCCGCUGGUGCACCAGGUGCUUCGCCAGGUGGUUUCUCAGGUGAAUUCAACGCGAUCAUGUCCCCGACCACGCCAACUGAGCCACACUCCAGCCACCCUCACUCCCUCGCUCCCCCGCUUCCGGAGGUGGAGGAGGGGGAUGAGGAGGGGGCGAUAGGCGAGGAGGGGGAGGAGGGGGAGGAGUGUGGGGAGGGCGAGGGAGGGGAGGCGGCAACACCGAGUGCGGUGGAGGGGAGGGGUGCAAAGAAGAUGGUGGCUCAUGCUGUGUUGGGAGGGCUCAAGAAGGGGUUGAGAACAGGGUCUCAGCUGGGGAAGAAAAUCGCUGCUGCCACUAUGAGCCCUCAGAGGUGA